CCUAGAAUUCACAUCCGGCCCCUGCAGGGGAAAUUAUUGAAAUUAAUUGCUUCUUGUCCAGAAUGCACUGCUGCCUGGGCCCUGAUGCACAAUAUACUGGAGGAUAAUUAUUUGAACCUAGGAGUCCCUUAAACACCUUUACCUUGCACAUAAAAUAGAUCUCAUGGCCCCAGUGCUGCAAGGAUGCAUAAGGGAAGAGCACCAAGGGAGGAGUAGUUUAAGUACAUUGGUCCCUUGUGCCCUGUAAUUUGCACGUUGGGUUACAUUUUCUAUCCAGUGCAAAGUCACAAGUGCCUUAAAGUGCUUUGUCAUCAUGUUGCAGUAGCACAUCGGCUAUCCCAGACCCACUGUCUCCCCCAAAGAAUAUUAGGCUUAUGUCAGGCUUUAGUACUACUGCCAUGAGAGAGAAAAUGCCCACUUCAUUGGUCACUGCUUCCCAUAGUAAUGUAUCAGAAAUUGUUUGUUAGAAUAGCACCAAAUCCACAGUACAGCAAAUGGUACUGGAGGGUCAUUUUGUUACGGGUGCAAUCAGCCAUCAUACUAUGGAGAAAUUUAAUUUUUCUUGCCCUUCCUGUUGCACAUUUAUGGGUAGCUUAGGAAACUAUGCACCUGGGUACUUCCUGGGUGUGGUUGAAUAUGCAUAGAAAGCUUUGUACUGUGGUUUACAAAUGAAUGAUUUGGGUAACAAAUAUAUUCAUGUGUAGUCUCUGACCAGUUUGGCUCCAUGAAGUCUGGCUCAUUGGUUCUUUUGAAUAGAAUAUAUCAUUUUUCACCCCCUGUUGUGAUUUUCACACUAUUUUGGGACUAGCAUUUUACUUCUUUGUUCUUUGUUGAUAACUGCAUUUACUGUCUAUUGUUUGUAUACCCUACACAUAGGCAAACAUACACUGGAAAUGUGUGCAGUCUACAACCAGUCUUCAUUAUUAUUCCAAAUAAUUCAAUUAUAUUGCAGAUCUUAACAGUCAAGGCACUUAUUGUUACUGCUACUUUUGUCACCUGAGAUUUUUCUGAUAUACGUCACUUUUCCAAGCAAAUGUUAUGGGAGACCUUGCAUUCAUAAAAAAAAACAUAUUCCAUUGGUCUCCAAAUCAGCCAUGGAUAGCACUUCUAUAGAUUCUGGCAGAUACUGUUCUUAUUGAUUACUGGGGAAAUGCUGAGCUCCUUGAAAUUACCUUUCAUAUACAGUCCAUUAGAAGGCAUAGCAAAGGGACUUGAUGGCUGCUGGUUUCAUUUCCCAGGUGUGUAUCUGAUACAAGACUUUGUGACGGAGGAUGAGGAACAACACUUGGUAAAUUUUAUGGAUCAAGAAGAGUGGCGGCUUUCGCAGUCUGGACGAAGGAAGCAGGACUUUGGUCCAAAGGUGAACUUCAAGAAACAGAAGCUAAGAGUUGGUAAUUUCUCAGGUCUUCCUAAUGUUAGCCAAGUGAUUUGGGAAAGGAUGAAGCAGCACACUGUCCUUGAAGGAUUCCUGCCUGUUGAACAGUGCAAUCUGGAUUACCAUUCAGAGAGAGGCUCGUCCAUUGAUCCACACUUUGAUGACUCUUGGCUUUGGGGUGAACGUCUGGUUAGCCUAAAUCUUCUUUCUGAUACUGUGUUCACCAUGACAAGCGAUGAUGUAAGUAGCCUUCAACUGAUGCCGGUUCUACAGGAAGGAUCGGAACUAAAUUCAACCAGUUCAGAUGGUAACAAUGCUAGUGAUAUGAACCAUACACAGAAUCCAGGAUAUAGUAAAUCUCAGGCCAAGCAUGUUCCCUACUGCGAUGUGGAAGUAGCCAUACGUUUACCACGAAGGUCUUUGGUGGUUUUAUACGGAGAUGCCCGAUACAAAUGGAAACAUGCCAUUCAUCGUGAAAACAUAGAGCACCGGCGAGUUUGUAGCACUUUUAGGGAACUGUCAAAAGAGUUCAGCUUGGGUGGAAAGAAAGAAAAACUCGGGGAAAUGUUAGUGAAUAUAGCUCUUAGCUUCCAGGGGAAACCAAUAUAAACUGGGAAUUGUUGUCUAAAUGUUUUAUGCUAUUUGCAUUCAGUUGUUUCACUGGGGCUUUGUCAUAACAUUUACAUUGAAAUUAUACAUUUUUAACAUAAGCAUAUAUGGCUGAUCAGGCGGUGGCUCUGUUGAUAUGGAUACAUUUUCAAUCUGCCCAUUCAUAUGGUUGUCGGAAUUUCUUUAAUAUGAUUGAUUAGCCUUUUGGACAUAUUGAAUCAUUGCAGUCACUGGAUCAUUGAAAAUUCAGAAUUCUCAUCUUGGGAAAUUAACUUUGUGCCCCAUGUGUUCUUUGGCUGAUUGGAUUUUAUUUCCAGUUCAAUCAAUAUUUGGCUAGUGCACCACCUAGCCAAAGGCUAGUAACUGUCAUGAGUGUCUGAUCUGAUAACCAGGUUCUGCUGGUGUUUGGGCAAUAUUUGUGCACCAAUUAACUAGAAAACAUGGUGAAUAUAUACACUAUUCAGUCUUGAUCUCCACAAUUAACCUCCUCCCAAGAUGUAUGAUGUUUGUUGUUGGGCACAAUGCAGAAAAGUGACUUCCUAAUAUCACUUUUUCUGCAAUUAAUUGCUUUUAUUUUUUUCCCAAUGAUGUUUUAAAACAAAGUAUUUUUUCCUCAUGAGUGGGUUUUGGCAAAGAAUGAAAAACUUACCACCUUAAACCUGGCAAACAUUUUAUUUAUGGCAAAAAAAGACACUUUUCCUUUCCUGCAAUCAGUUUGGCCAACAGAAAACAGGUGAUUAAUCUGCCCCUCUUUAUAUUAUUUAUAAAACAAAUAAUUUUUAUUUUAAUUAAGAUGUCUAUAGUGCCAAAGUGCCUGACAUUUUCUCUUAAGACAAUUAUAUUUCAGAGCAGCAAAUAUGAAUAUGUAAUGGUAUUUUGUUAAUUAAAGGGGUAGUGAUACUUUUAUUUAUGUCAAUAUCCCUUUAACAAACCCUCUGUUCCUCCCCUGGACCCCCAUUACAGUCCAGUGUCACCAAUAUCCCAGCAGUCAGUGCUUGUUUUUUUAUAUUUAUUUAUAUUUGUCUUCAGCCUGUCUGAACUUUGCCCUGCUUUCUGUCUGACAUCAACUUCUAAAGCAUAAAUUUAACAGUGGGCAACUUAUCUCCCUGUGUGCAGAAUGUGGCAGAAUUAUAGGGGUCAUUUAAGACCCCGGGGGUUGUAAGAUCACUAUAAGGGACUUAGUGCUCAUCUACAGAGCACUUGCGCCCCCUUGAUACUACGUUCUGCACUAAGCCCCGGAUAAAAAAAAAUCUGAUGCUCGAUGAAGUACACAGUGAUGGGAAUACACAGCCCAGCCCGAAUGCAGACUGCUUGUACUGCCGCUCUUACCUUGCGCCUUAGAAUGACGCCUGAUUUCCUCCCCCGGCCACCCCUUUUGAAUCUAACGCGGGCUGCACUACAUCAAAGAGCAGUCUGCAGGUCCCUGUGCUCCAAAAUGGAGUGCAGGGGCCUCAGUUUACUAUUGUGCUACAUUUUAUCAGGGGUGAGUCAAGCCGACCGGGCACCCUAGGCAACCCAGUCGGCCACAUCCCAUGCGUAUGUGAAUGCAUGCACUAUGCUGUUGCGGGGGAGGGAGUCAUUGCCCUUGCUGCGUAAUGACAAGUGAUGGGGGCAAUGACAAGGGAGUGUGGGUUAGGUGUAGGCAGUAGAGGUUACCUGCUUGGCACCACCCCCCCAUCAUUGCGCUCUAGGCAGGUGCCUCUUUUGCCUACCCCUUGUUCUGACCCUGCCUGUGGUUCAUUGUAAAGUAGGCAGUUAUCAUGGGGCUGCAUUUGCAUUAUAUUGAGCCUUUCCAAAUAUCUUUUAUCAGAAGCAAACCAAUAUCAUUCCCUACCAACUCAGUGCUACCUCUGCUCAUUGAGAUGCCAUUUCAUGUACUGUUCUUACUUGAAUGCUAACUUAUGUUGUGCUUCUCACUGGCGAUGAGGGGAAUUCUUUAUAAUAAAAGAGAGAAUGCCCCUCUAAUGUAUUUGCUUCCAAACUGCAGUUGGGGACUUAUUUACAAUAUACUUCUAGAAACCCAUCUUGAAGGACUGUCAGAGCGAAGUUUGGGAUGAAUAGGGGCCAUGCUCAAAUGUUAAUCCUCAAUGAAUAACUGAAAACCACUGCUUUAAUGUCUCUGGCAGCAUAUUGAUUUUAAUGAAUGUAUACGUUUUAUUACGUAAUAAAUCUAUGCAUAUAAAAGCCAAA